UUUCCAUGUAACAUCAGUCUCACGAGUUUUCCGGUGAAAGCCUCAAGUUGUUUUGAGGAGCUCCAGCGACGAAAAAGAGCGAGAAAUAGCACCGAAGAAAAACCAGAUGUAAAUUGAAACAUGUGCCCGAGAGCGACGCUCGGCUGGAGAUAUUACACAGAUAGCACUAAGAUUUGAACAUUACAGCUGAGCCUACUCUUUUUAAGAAGUCACACAUCAAUUGGAACCAAACACAUUGUGAAUUGUAAACUUAAAAUUCGCUUCCUCCAAGAUAAGUUGGAGUAUUAAGUUGAAUCGACUGAUUUGAGCAUUGAUAUUAACUUCUUGUCGGACCGACAUCUUAAAGUUAUUACUUCUAAGGAAAAAAGUCCUUUCUGUAAUGGAUAAAAGAAAUAGUUUAAUAGAAUCGGACGACGAAGAUUUGUUGAAUGAAGAUGAUGGCGAAGCAAGUGAGUUGUAUGAAAUUGAUAGCGACGAUGACGAAGACGAAAAGUAUCAAUUUAAAGUGCUUACUAUUGAAGAAAUUGUGGAGGAGAUCGCAGAUUGCAUAAAAGAAGUUAACGUGAUUGUACAAAUGCCACCAACAGUAACGAGAAACUUAUUGAUUUAUUUUAACUGGGACAAGCAGACAUUGAUGGAGAAAUAUUAUGGUGGAAACCCGGAAAAACUGUUCGAAGAGGCAAAGAUUGCCAACCCACACCAACAAACGGCUGAUACAAGCGCGAUUUCUUCCUCGAUAGAUGCCGGCGAGGGCUCCUCGAAUGCUCAAGGACAUUGUGAAAUUUGUUGCACAAGUGUACCGCCGUCCGAGCUGACUGGUUUCCAGUGCAGACAUCGCUACUGCCGGGAUUGUUGGAAUAAGUAUCUCACGGAAAAGGUUCUGCAGGAAGAUUUCGUAUACAUGAUCACCUGUGCCGCACACAACUGCGAUAUUUUAAUAGAUUACGCGAGCGUGAUGGAGCUAGCGAACGAUAAUACUGUUCGACUGAGAUAUCAGUACCUCAUUGCCAACAGCUACGUGAAACAUAACGCGCUGUUGAAGUGGUGCCCGGGCGUAGCCUGCAAUUACGCCAUCAAAGUCCAGUGCAUAGACACGAAGCAGAUCAAAUGCAAGUGCGGCAUGGCCUUCUGCUUUUCCUGCGGCGGCGAUUACCACGAGCCCCUCAGCUGCGAGCUGCUGCGCAAGUGGCUGGCAAAGUGCAAAGCCGACACGGAACCACGGCCCGUGGACGACGCCAAAGAUUGUCCCAAGUGCCAGAAGAGCGUGGAGAAGACUGGCGGCUGCAAUCGCGUGCGCUGCAAGAAAUGCCAUUAUCAGUUUUGCUGGGUGUGCACGAACGACUGGUUCGCGCACCCCUUCGCGUGGAACAAAUGCAAUAAGUACGUGAAGGUGACCCCUACCUUGGUGGAGAGCGCCAGCCAGGAAACGACCGAGGAGACAGCUGCACAAAGAUAUUUGUGCUACAGAAAUAGAUAUCUUGGCCAUUUGCAGUCAUUUCAGCUUGAGCAGCGAUUGCGCGCCGACAUGCAGAAGAAGAUGGAAGAAAUGCAGCAGAGCAUGACUUGGAUCGAGGUGCAAUUCUUAAAGGUAGCUAUAGACGUUCUACACGAAUGCAGACGAACUCUCAUGUAUACUUACGCGUUCGCUUAUUACGUGAAAAAAUCUAAUCAGACUGAGCUCUUCGAAGUCAAUCAGAGGGAUUUGGAGUACGCCACUGAAACGCUCUCAGGCUAUCUGGAGCAAGACAUAGUCUUAAGAAAUAUCCUUGAUACUAGGCAAAAAGUGCAGGAUAAAUACGAGUACUGCAAGCAUAGACGUAUGGUUCUUUUAGAGCAUGUACAAGAGGGAUAUGACAAUGACACAUGGGAGUUUUACGAUUCCGAUGUGUGAAUCGUCAAUAGAAUGCCUGUACUUUGCCUGCAAAUGAACAAAUAUUUUCAUUUAUCUUCGUUUCAAAAUAAUUUGUACGCGCUAUGCCCUUUGGUCAAAUGAGUUUUUUUUAUUUUCAUAUAUUAUAUUUAAAUUUCAUGACAAGACAUGCCAACAUUGAAAUUUUUUGAUCAUCACAAUUACCCUUUUACAUCAUUGAUAAGACUCAAGUUAUAAGUAUUAUUUUCAAUUUCCAACAUUUAUUACUUGCGAAAUGUGAUGUAGACAAUUGUCAAAAUAUUAAGUUGACUGAAAGUCAUGUAAGCGUAUUAUUAAUUACUAUGUAAUAGCACAAAAAUCAAGUCUAUUUGUCAAUUGAAAACUUAUGCAGAACUGCGAUUAAGAUUUUGCGAAUAUCAUUGUAAUAAAGUAAAUAAUUAUUUUUAGACUAUUA